AUAGAGAGAGAAUACAAAUCGAUGGAUCUAACGUUCCACGAAGAGCUCCGCGUCUCGAGCACGUGAGCCACCCCCGCCUCAUUCAAUCCUCUCUCUCCCCCACCCUCUUGCGAUUGAUUCUCUCCUCAAAAAUCCUUCCAAAUUCUAAUCCCUUUCCCUUUUUGCUGUUCUCGCAUGAAAGCAAAAAGCUGCGGAGAUAUUCGAGAAUCCAUAUAAAGGACCUACUUAUUGAGAAAUGGAAAGUGACAAAGGUGCCGAAGAAAAUCGUUUGGCAGAAACUUCACUCAAUUCGUCUUUAUCAUCGCCAGAAUGUCUGCCAACUUCGGACAAACCUCCAAUGCCAAUAGUUACUAAUGAAGAUACUGAGAUCAACUACCCUCAAGGAACGAAUUUAGACGUCGAAGCACAGAUUCAAGAAGAUGUUGCUGAUAGCUUCACAAAGGACCACAACAAACUCAAUAUACCAGAGAAUUCAAAUGAAUCGAAGAAUUAUACAGAUGAUACCUUAUCGUCUUCUUCAGAAAUUCUUAACGCUCCAGCACCUCGUUCAUCUGAUAAUUUGAUGGAAAAUAUGGAAAGUGAACCGCUAGUCAAACUUCAGGGUGGUUCUUCUGAUAUAAUUUCUGAUGCUCUGAUAAGUAAUGGGCAUACAGCUUCUAGCGAGAUCGAAAAACCAAUAGAGGGGUCCAAUGGUGUUGUGAUCAGCAAUGAACCCACUUCUCUUCUUGAAUUGAAAACAAAAGAUGUCAUCCAUGAUGUGCUUGAUCAACAAAAGAAGGUUGGAGAUGUACAAAACACGGCACCGGAGUCAGCUAACGAUUCCAACAAUGUAAAACAUGUACCUUCUUAUAGAGGUCUUAUCGAUACUACUGCACCUUUUGAAUCUGUUAAGGCCGCUGUGACAAAGUUUGGAGGAAUCACUGACUGGAAAGCCCACAAAGCACUGACUCUAGAGAGAAGUAAGCAUAUUCGGCUUGAACUUGAGAAAGUAUGCGAAGAAAUGCCUGAUUAUAAAAAGCAAUCAGAAGCUGCUGAAGAGGCUAAAGCGCAAGUACUCAAUGAGCUAGAGACCACCAAGAGACAAAUAGAAGAACUCAAGCUUAACCUGGAAAGAGCACAAACUGAAGAAGCCCAGGCAAAACAAGACUCCGAACUUGCUCAACUUAGGGCCAAAGAAAUUGAACAGGGGAUUGCUGAUGAAGCUAGUGUUGCAGCCAAAACCCAACUAGAGGUCGCCAAAGCAAGGCAUGAAGCUGCAGUUUCCGAAUUGAAGUCCUUGAAAGGGGAGUUAAAAGAACUCGAAGAAAAGUUUGUUUCCUUAAUCAAUGAAAGAGACAAUGCAAUUAAGAAAGCUGAAGAGGCUGUUUCUGCAUCGAAAGAGAUGGAGAGAACAGUGGAGGACCUGAUGCUGGAACUCAUUGCUUCUAAGGAGUCAUUGGAAUUGGCCCAUGCUGCACAUCUAGAAGCAGAAGAACAUAGAAUUGGUGCAGCUUUGGCUAGAGAACAAGAUUGCCUUAAUUGGGAGAAAGAGCUAAAACAAGCAGAAGAUGAGCUGCAACAGCUAAACGAACAGCUUCUGUCAGUAAAAGAUGUAAAGUUGAAACUAAAUGCAGCGACCAGUUUGUUAGUCAAACUUAAAGCUGAGCUAGCUGCUUACAUGGAGGCAAAGUUGAACCAAGAAGCACAGAGCACCGAGGAGAAUGGAGCUGAUGAGGCAAACAGUAACCGAAGGUCUGUUCAAGAAGCGCUAGCUUCAACAAGAAAGGAGCUUGAAGAAGUUAAAGGGAAUAUAGAGAAAGCAAAAGACGAGGUCAAUAUUUUAAGAGUUGCAGCUGCUUCCCUGAAAUCAGAGUUGGAAAGAGAGAAAGCAGCUUUGACCACAUUGCAGCAGAGGGAGGGGAUGGCGUCUAUCGCUGUUUCUUCUCUUGAAGCCGAGCUUAAUAGGACGAAAGAGGAGCUAGAAAUAGUUCAAAUGAAGGAAAAAGAAGCUAGAGAACAAAUGGUGGAGCUGCCGAAGCUGUUACAACAAGCAGCUCAGGAAGCCGAUGAGGCUAAGUCUGUUGCCCAGAAAGCACAAGAAGAGCUCAGAAAGGCUAAGGAAGAAGCUGAACAAGCCAAGGCUGGUGCAAAUACUGCAGAAAUCAGAUUACGUGCGGCUUUAAAGGAAAUAGAAGCAGCUAAAGCCUCAGAGAAGCUGGCGAUAGAAGCUGUUAAAGCAUUGCAAGAGAGUGAGCAGGCUUUGAGUAAUGAAGAAGAUUCUCCUAACGGAAUAACCCUUCCUUUGGAAGAGUACUUUGCUCUUAGCAGAAGAGCUCACGAGGCUGAAGAGCUUGCCCACAAGAGGGUGACUGCCGCGAUAGCUCAGGUCGAGAUGGCGAAGAAUAAUGAGUUGAACAGCUUAGAGAGACUAAAAGAAACAUCCGAGGAGAUGGAUGAGAAAAGGGAGGGUUUGAAGGCUGCAAUGGAAAGGGCCGAGAGAGCACAAGAAGGGAAAUUAGGGGUCGAGCAGGAAUUGAGGAAAUGGAGGGCAGAAAACGAACAAAGACGUAGAGCUGGUAAUGCUGCCAAAGCUGCUGUUAAUCCUUCAAGAAGCCCGCCAAGGAGUUCGGAGCAUAACAAUGAAUUAAAAGGAUUAAACAAGGAGGAAGUUGUUAGUCUUGUUCAUCCUGUCCCGCAUUCGAAGUUAUAUUCGUCAGGGAAUAACCCAGAGAAAAAUUUCAUGCCGGAUUCGAGGCCGAGAAGGAAGAAGUCAUUGCUUCCACGGAUCGUCACAUUCUUGUCCAGAAAGAAGGCAGAAAACCAGAAGUAGCGGAGUUCCUCUUUCAGUAUGUAUGUGUGUAUGUAGCUGUACAAGUAUUCAACAAAAUCUUUGUUGUACAUGUAUAAAGGAUAAUUCAAGCAACUAAAUAAGUUGAUUGUGUGUUAAUAGGUAUAGGCUUUGGUGGAACUCAUUGAAGAGUGCCUGUAUGUUCACACUGCAUAAAAGUUCUCAAGUUUCAGACUUAUUUUGAGGCAUGCAUGGAUGAUGAACAUAAUUGUUUGCAUGAUAUCGAUUUGGCUAUCGAGGUUUUUGAUCCAA